AUGGCUUACUUCGCUGUGGCGGGAGGAUUCACAACGCCCCUGUUUCUGAAACCGCCAAGUUUCCAGUUCUUCUUCCGAAGAAAGACUACAUUCGCAAGUCGCCAGUCCAUUCCAGACGUUAUCAUUUCUGAUAAUGCCAGUACCUUCCAAUCGGCGGCUGCUGAACUCGAGCACCUGUUUAAUUCACCAACGCUCAAACAGGAGCUCGGCAAACAAGGGAUAGAUGGGAAGUUCAUCCCGAAAAGAGCUCCAUGGUAUGGAGGGUUUUGGGAGAGGCUGAUCGGCCUCACGAAGACGACGCUGAAGAAAGUCCUUGGCCGAGCAUCCAUCAACUUAGUCACUCUCCAGACAGUUGUCAUGGAAAUUGAGGCUAUCCUUAAUGACCGCCCACUAACAUAUGUCUCUCCUGACAUAAAUGAUGAAGACCCUCUCACACCAUCCCAUCUACUGUAUGGAAGGAGGAUUACCAGUCUCCCACAUCCUGACACUGAUGCGGACGAACUAACUGACCCGAGCUAUGGAAACGAUGCUCAUCUCCGAAGGGAUGCUACCCGUGUAGCACUAGUUAUACAACACUUCUGGCAGCGCUGGAAGCAGGAGUACCUCACUUCGCUGCGGUGCUUCCAUGGCGCAACAGGUGGCAGCGGUGAAACACGCGUCAAGAUAGGGGACGUCCAGAUCCACAGCGAGAAAAAGAGGUUGAAGUGGAAACUAGGCGUAGUGGAAGAUCUAAUUAGAGGUGCCGACGGAUGUGUACGGGCUGUAACCUUAAAAACAGCUAAGGGUCACACGAACAGACCUAUCUCCAAGCUAUAUCCCCUUGAGAUUACUACUGAUGUUGGGGAAACUGCAGACGCGCAGACAGGAGGUCAGCUCCAGUCCAACCAACCUAUCAGGAGAAGCAUGCGAAUUACAGCUGCCACAAGGGACCGCAUCGCAGACUGGGCCCGGCAACUAUGCGCCCCCCCGGAGGAUGUCUGA